GUGCGAGUAUGGUUGAUCGAUCAUACACGAGCGUGUGUCAUGUCGAGUCAGUCAGUCCACGCCAUCACUCAUCAGUCUGCUGCUCUGCUGUUGGUUCACUUGAAGAGUUUUGGGUACCGGUAGUACUUCUUCAGAUACAGCCUGCAUCAGAGGACAGACAGACAGACAGACAGACAGAACGAGUGAAUAAAUGGUCUUCCUCUUCCUUGGUUGGUGGCGGCUUUGUGGCUCACAUUCUGAAGGGCCCUGGUUUGUUGAAGUCGAUAGGGUGUGUCAGGAAGGGCUCACCGACGCCGACCUUCGACGGCUGCACGACGUAAUGACAGCAAAGGACAGACACACACAGAAAUGCAUUUGCAGGCAGAGCGAGAGGCAUGAUUCAUCUCUUGUUUAUGUACCAGUGAAGGCGUGUCGUCUUCGAACGCAAUGCGACGCACAUUCACCUCUCGUGGAGGAAAUGGGUCUAGAGAGACAUCAGGCAGACAGCCGCACGCACACACAGCAACCAACUGAAAUGGAUGAUUGAAUGUCUGUCUCUCUCACCUUCGUCUGAGUGCUCGAGGUAGAAGUCGGUUCGUCGCUCAUUCUCGAGCGGGAUCUUCUUCUGCCCAGAGAGACCGUACAAGGGGUAAUAGAAAGGCGUCCUGACACACACACGGCACCACAGAGAAACACAGUGAGAGAGGAACACAGUCAGGACUGACUCGACUCACUCACCAGAUGCCCUUCUUGUCUUGCAGGUUUCGGAUGCCCUUGGCCAGCCUCUCGCGCGUCCUCAGUUGUGAGCGAGGGCUCUUGGGUGUGAGCGAGGAACACUCACAGGCCAACAGCAGCAGGCACAGCAACACGUGCACAGAGAUAGACAGCUUCAU